UGAGCGCACGGCGGCGGCGGGCUCGUCCCUCCAGUGACUUUAUCCGCGGCGGUGGCGGCGGCGGCAGGGACGGGAAAUGGCUGUUGCUGCGGGGCAGCGGCGCGGCGAGGUCUACUGAAUCUAGUUUCAAAGUCAAGGGCCAAAGAUUGUUAGGAAGAAGGGAUUGAUCUCUUAAAUGGACAUCUGCUUUCACGUUAUGGCUCAGAUAUCCAGUAGCAAUGGACAGCGUUCAUCUCCUUCGUUGGGAACUGCAAGGACAAAAGAUGUGGACAAAGAAGAGGCAUUGCAGAUGGAAGCUGAGGCACUAGCUAAGAUGCAAAAGGAAAGAGUGGUAACUGGUAAUAAGCAAACUUCUGAGUCUUUAAGCAGCACCAGACAAAAAGCACAAACUCAUAAUAAACAGGACCAUGAUCUCAUGGUGUUUCCAGAGUCUGCUGCCAAAAAGAGGGUGGAAGAUAAAUUAAGCACUGUUGAUAUAGAUAAAAUGACCCAUGCUGAAUUAGAGAAACUGCUGCUAGAUGAAAGUUUUGAAUCUAGUAAAGUACCUGCAUUACCAGCAACUCCUGUUCUGAGCCCAUCAUUUUCUUCACCAUUUUAUAUUGGGCCUACUGGUCAAAGAGGACAGUGGACACCUCGGCUACCUGGGCCUGUGACUUGCACUUUACCUCCUAUUUACCCAUCAGCUUCUUACAAUAAACAAGCUGGUGUAUUUCAGAAUGGCUUCCACCUAAGCAUGUCCACCUAUCAAUCUACAGAACCUGUUUAUCUUAGUCUUCCCGGUCGGUCUCAAUACAUUUCAUACCCAUUGACAACUACUACACCUUUCCAUCCACGAGGAAGCCUGCCCAUGUAUCCUCCAACACUCACGCCAGAAAUGGCAAAAGUAUUUGACAAAAUAGCCAGCACCUCUGAAUUCUUGAAAAAUGGGAAAUCCAGCACUGACUUAGAGAUGACUGAUUUUAAGUCUAUAGUACCUAAAUUACCAACCUCAGAAAACUCCAGUGAUAUUAGUAAAUUUGAUUGGCUGGACUUGGAUCCUCUAAGUAAACCAAAAGUGGAUAAUGUGGAGAUCUUGUGUAAUGCAGAGGAUGAUGCAAAGGUGACUUCGAGUACAGUUGCAGAAGAUCCAUGGGAUGCUGUGCUACUAGAAGAAAAAUUGCUAGUAACGUGUCAUCUUGAAAGAAAAGUGAAUGGGAAAUCCACUGCUGGGGCAACAGUUACAAGAAGCCAGUCUUUAAACAUUCGAACAACUCAGCUUGCAAAGUUACAGGGCCAAACACCACAGCAAGACAAUGGGACCACUAGCCUGACAACAGAAAAUGCACUUCUCCAAGAUAUUGAAGGGCGGAAUCAAGAGCUGGCAGCUUUUUGUCAAGCAGUUACCAAAUUGAGGACCAACUUUCCCUAUACCAAUCAGCACACAAAUCCAGGCUUUGUGCUGAGUCCAGUCAUGCUGCAAAGAAAUAUAAGUGGGGAGAAUGCCAGUAUCAAGGUUUCUAUAGAAAUUGAAGGAUUCCAACAGCCAGUAACAUUUACAUGUGAUGUGAGUUCUCCUGUCGAGCUUAUAAUAAUGCAGGCACUUUGCUGGGUACAUGAUGACUUGAAUGAAGUGGACAGUAGCAGCUAUAUCCUGAAAGUCUGUGGUCAAGAAGAAGUUCUACAGAAUAAGCACUGUGUAGGAAGUCAUGAAUACAUUCAGAACUGUCGAAAAUGGGAUGCAGAGAUUAAACUGCAGCUCUUGACCCAUAGUGUAGUAUGCAGAGAUCUGGCACGAACAGAAGAAGAUGAUAGGACACCUACAAAUUUAACAAAACACCUCUACAAAACAGAAAAGCCUUUCAGAGAAAAUAUUUCAAGGCAUUCUGUUGAAGAGCUCCUAGAGGCUUACCAUAUUCAAACUGACAUGGUUCUUAAAAAAGAGAACCAACAGAAAGCAGUAGAUCAUGUAAUCAAAGCUGUAAGAAAAAUCUGUUAUGCACUGGAUGGAGUAGAAACUCAAGCAAUAACAGACUCUGUAAAGAAGCUGAGGAGGGCUGUUAAUCUUCCAAGGAGUAAAAGUCCUGAGGUGUCCUUAAAGCCCAGUGAUGACACUAGCAACAGUUCAGUUGGUUCAUUGCAGCCUGAAAACCCUGUGCAAGUGAGCAUAGACCAGUUGACUGCAGCAGUCUAUGCCCUUCUUCACCUCCACUUAAACUCAGGCUGCAGUAGCAGCAAUUCUGCAACAAAAAAUAAUAGAAGCACUAAGGAAGCAUGGACUGCCACAGAGCACCUGCAAUUCACAAUAUUUGCUGCUCAUGGAAUUCUUACCGGUUGGGUGUCAAAUUAUGAAAAAUACUACUUGGUUUGCUCUCUGACCCAUAAUGGAAAAGAUUUGUUUAAACCCGUUCAGUCCAAGAAGGUUGGCACAUAUAAGAAUUUCUUCUAUCUGAUUAAAUGGGAUGAACUAAUCAUUUUCCCCAUCCAGAUUUCACAAUUGCCAUUGGAAUCGAUCUUGUGUCUUACUCUGUUUGGAAUAUUAAAUCAAAAUAGUGGAAGUUCACCUGAUUCAAAUAAACAGAGAAAGGGCCCAGAGAUGUUGGGUCAAAUUUCUUUACCUCUUUUUGACUUUAGACGUUUGUUAACUUGUGGGACUAAGCUCUUACACCUUUGGACUUCAUCACAUGUGACUCCAGCAUCAGGAACUGCCCAUAAAAGAAGAAAUCUCAUGGAAAAAAUAGUUUUGCAGGUUGACUUUCCCUCCCUGGCUUUUGAUACUGUAUACAAAAUUCCUCAAGCUGCAAACGGUUUGGUACAUCAUUCAAUAGAAACAUUGGAAAAAAAUGUAAAGGAGCGUCUUCUUGCUAUUCUUGCCAAAGAUGGCACCCUUGGGCUAUCAAAGGAAGAUAAAGAAUUUUUGUGGGAGAAGCGACAGUAUUGCCAUGGACACACACAAAGCCUUCCAAAAAUAUUAGCUAGUGCCCCACACUGGGACUGGGCAAGUCUUCCUGAAAUAUACUCACUGCUUCAGCAGUGGCCUCCCCUACCUCCUUUGACUGCUGUGGAACUACUGGAUUCAAAGUUUGCAGAUCAGGAAGUGCGAACCACAGCUGUGAAUUGGAUUGAGGCAAUAAGUGAUGAUGAGUUAACAGACUUCCUCCCCCAGUUUGUGCAGGCAUUGAAGUAUGAAACAUACCUGGACAACUCUUUAGUCAGAUUCAUUUUGGCUCGGGCAUUAGGAAAUAUUCAGAUAGCACACUGUGUAUAUUGGCUUCUGAAGGAUACCCUACAUGAUGCAAAAUUUGGGGUAAGGUAUGAGCAUAUUCUUGGUGCCUUCCUCUCGGUCUGUGGGAAAGGGCUGAGGGAAGAGCUGGAGAAACAGACCAGACUGGUACAGCUUUUGGGAGUGGUAGCAGAAAAAGUAAAACAAACAAGUGGAUCUGCUAGGCAGGUUGUCCUGCAAAGUGGUAUGGAACGUGUACAGUCCUUUUUCAUGAAGAACAAAUGCCGUUUGCCUCUCAAUCCCAGCCUUGUGGCAAAAGAAUUAAAUGUCAAGGCAUGUUCCUUCUUCAAUUCUAAUGCAGUACCACUAAAAGUCACAUUGGUGAAUGCAGAUCCUCUGGGAGAAGAAAUUAAUGUUAUGUUUAAAGUCGGAGAAGAUCUGCGACAAGAUAUGUUGGCUUUACAAAUGAUAAAGAUUAUGGACAAAAUCUGGCUGCAGGAGGGACUGGACCUGCGAAUGGUUAUCUUCAAGUGCCUCUCAACUGGAAAAGAUCGAGGAUUGGUGGAACUUGUUCCUGCUUCAGAUACACUUAGGAAAAUUCAAGUGGAAUAUGGAGUGACAGGAUCUUUUAAAGACAAGCCACUUGCAGAAUGGCUGCGAAAGUAUAAUCCUACAGAGGAAGAAUAUGAAAAGGCUUCAGAAAACUUCAUCUAUUCUUGUGCAGGAUGCUGCGUAGCCACCUACGUAUUGGGAAUCUGUGACCGUCACAAUGAUAACAUAAUGCUUCGAACCACGGGACAUAUGUUCCAUAUUGACUUUGGAAAGUUUUUGGGCCAUGCACAGACGUUUGGUAGCUUUAAAAGGGAUCGGGCUCCUUUUGUGCUAACAUCAGAUAUGGCCUAUGUCAUUAAUGGUGGUGAAAAACCUACUAUUCGUUUUCAAUUGUUUGUGGAUCUCUGCUGCCAAGCUUACAAUUUGAUCAGGAAACAUGCAAACCUCUUUCUGAACCUGCUUUCACUGAUGCUUUCUUCAGGGUUACCAGAACUUACUGGAGUUCAAGACUUAAAAUAUGUCCAAGAUGCUCUUCAGCCCCAAACUACAGACGCAGAAGCUACUAUUUUCUUUACAAGGCUGAUUGAAUCCAGUUUGGGAAGUGUUGCCACAAAGUUUAAUUUCUUCAUUCACAACCUGGCUCAGCUGCGUUUUUCAGGCCUACCUUCCAAUGAUGAGCCCAUUCUCUCAUUUUCUCCCAAAACCUAUUCACUUAGACAAGAUGGUCGAAUCAAGGAAGUGUCCGUGUUUACGUACCAAAAGAGGUACAACCCAGAUAAACAUUAUAUCUAUGUGGUGAGAGUCUUGAGAGAGGGGCAAGUUGAACCAACAUUUGUCUUCCGGACAUUUGAUGAGUUCCAGGAACUUCACAACAAACUCGGUAUUCUCUUUCCUCUUUGGAAGUUACCAGGCUUUCCUAAUAAGAUGGUUCUGGGAAGAACUCAUAUAAAGGAUGUAGCAGCCAAAAGAAAAGUAGAGCUGAACAGCUACAUACAGAGUUUGAUGAACAGUUCAGCAGAGGUGUCAGAGUGUGAUCUUGUUUAUACUUUUUUUCACCCUCUACUUCGUGAUGAGAAAGCUGAAGGAAUAGAUGGAAUAGCUAAGCCUGCAGAUGCAAGUCCAUCAAGUCCUACCUCAGGCAAAGUGGGAGGAGAAGUAAAGUUGUCUAUCUCAUAUAGAAAUGGCACUCUGUUUAUCAUGGUGAUGCACAUUAAAGACCUGGUUACUGAAGAUGGUGCAGAUCCAAAUCCUUAUGUAAAAACAUACUUACUUCCAGAUAUAAACAAAACAUCUAAACGCAAAACCAAAAUCACACGAAAAACAAGGAACCCAACAUUCAAUGAGAUGCUUGUGUACAGUGGAUACAGUAAGGAGACUUUGAAGCAGAGGGAACUUCAGCUAAGUGUGCUCAGUGCAGAAUCGUUGCGUGAGAACUUCUUUCUGGGUGGAGUUAUGCUGUCCCUAAAGGAUUUCAACUUGAGGAAGGAGACUGUUAACUGGUAUCAGCUGACUGCUGUGCCAUAUCUGUGAACUCCUACAGCAGAAAAUAACAAAAGUGAAACAGUUCUGCACACUUGUGUUUGGUGCAUUUUUCCUACUUGAAAAUAACUUGGACAUUUUAAAAUGAGACUCUGCGUUUCAACACGUGUUGGACCAACCCCUCACCAAGCUGAAACCACAGGAUUUCUAGAAACCACCUGUUUUAGGCUUAUGUGAUAAUAUCCAAGCAUUAAUGUAAAUUAAUUUUGUAAUCAUAGUACUUGUGGGUAACUAAAGUUUUAAACCAUCCCUGGAAUCUUCAGGUAGUUUAUUCUGGCUUUACUGUAUCAGUUCAACCACAUUUAAUCUCUUGCCCUGUGGAUAUAGUACAAGUAAUCUUUUCUGUUACCUGUUACAUUAUAUAUGGCAAGGUGCUGUAGAAUGCCAGAGGAAAGAUGUGGGGGGUUUCUGAUGAUAUAUCCGCUAUUCACCAUUCAUUGGUGCAGCAAUGAUCAGUAAAAUGUCAGUGGUUGCACAAACUGUCAGAAAUGAAAUUGGACAGAACAGCUGGAAAAAUUGUUACAUUCGAAUCUUGCGAUUAAAUGCAUCUGAAACAUUUAUCAGAAUGAGUGCCAUAAUGGAAGUUGUAAAUAAUGGUGCCUUACCUUAUAAUUCAAAUUCUUGUACCUCAUUUCUGAAAUUUAAAAAUAGUUACCUGUUAGCCAGGUUUAACAAACUCUUAUCCAGCUCUUUAAAAGAGGCAGAUUCAUGACACCACCUACUGAAUCUUUUCUUUGGGAAACUUAUUCAGUUUCUUAGACAUAGUUUGAGUUUUAUACCAGCUAUCUGAGUAAGAUUAGUCAGUUGAUUUUAAGUGAAGUCCUCUGUGCAAGUCACUGAUGAUUUGCAAACUUUGAAUGAAGACUGGUUGUUUGUGGUGCCAUGUGAGUGUGUGGUCUUCCAGCAUUUUAAAACAGUUCUUAAAAUUUCAAGGACCUCCGUAGUGCAGUCAGCAAAUGCAUUCGCGAUUCAUCUAGGGACUUGGGUUCAACUAUCGGGUCACAAAUGUUAUUUACACAUAAGAAAAUACUUUACCCCACAACUUCACAUAAUUGAUUCUCCCUACUUGAAAAACAUAGGACACCAAGAGCAGAUAUGUUGCAGGUCAGAAAUGAUUUGCAUUGGCAGAUAUACUUGGCUCAGACUAGUAUUGUCAGUCCCUCACCUCUUGUAAAAAUAACUCUUGAUAAAUUUUAUUCCUUUAUGUGAUACAACAAUAUUUAAAAUCAGAGGGUGCAAAUACAAUUUACUGUCUCAUGCAUGUGAUUAGUUACUCCACUGGGUCUGGCUGCACUACAUGUAUAGGUUUCUUAUUCACCUAUCAGUUUUAUGGUGACCACAGUCUGUUCUCUUUGGACAAAGCUGUAUGAAGACUGUAAAAUCACACACUAUAAUUUUUAGCACUAUUUUAGAAACAUUUUUCAAUGAAGGCUGACCGUGAUAGACUAUAGUACUGACUGUCACUAGCAAGGAACUUAAAGUAAAAUAUGCAAUGAUGAAGACAGCACAGGAAAGUCACAAUUGAUUUUAUUUGCCCAGCAAUAAAAUGCUCUUUAGAUUCCC